AUGAGAAAUGAUCCGAAUCAAUUUGAUCCGCUUUUGUUGCACUUUGGUAUUAAGCCGGAUGAUUACUUUGGCAAUGGAUGUGGAUUAAGAUCUACGCUAUCUUUUGACAUGUUUCAUCCUGAUCAGAGAAAUAUUUACAUUCAAGGAUUAGUUGCGAGUAGAGAAAUAGCUCUUGGAGAAUAUUUCAGUCGUCGAGUUUACCGACUCAGGAUUUUGUGA